GGGAUGGGCAGGGAAAAGGAUCCGUGGCUAUGGUGCUGGUGAGGGUCAGCGGCUGUGUGGAUGGGGCUGGCCAGCCAGGGAUGGGGCAGAGGCUCUGGGUCCCCCAGCACAGGCUGACCUGCCCCCUCCCCCAGCAUGAACCCCUACGCGGGCUUGGUGAGCGGCCUGCGCGCUGCCUGGCUCGCGGGGAAGACUCGCGGCGCUGAGCACCGGGUCUCCCAGCUGGAGGCGCUGGGCCGCUUCCUGGAUGACAAGAAGCAGCCCAUCCUGGACGCCAUGGCCUCGGACAUGCGCAAGCCCCCCCUGGAGGCGGAGCUCUCCCAGAUCCUGCUGGUCAAGAACGAGGUCAACUACGCGCUCAACAGCCUGGCCAGCUGGAUGAAGGACGAGUUCGUGGAGAAGAACCUG